AUGGCUGGGUCUAGUCUUCCUGGUGCAUUCUGGAUAUGGGUCGCCGCGGACCAGGCCAUCACCCUACUGGUGGACGUCGUGGUUCUCACUGGUCGGGAGUCUGAAACGGUCGACGGUGACUUGGUAGCUGCGCCGGCGCUUCGGACGACAACGCCUCUCAUCCUCCCUAGGCCCACGAUUGGUCGAGUUGAGAUGGAGGACUCUGCAUCGCCCAUGCGUGCGUACAACACCUGUGUGGUUAAUUACGAAGUGGGUGCCACUGAGACAAGGCACCGGGUUACUGACAGAUACUAUAUCCGUACUUGGAGAACGACUGGCUGA